AUGGAAAAAGCGGCGCUUACCGGCGAACAAGAAGUGCUAGGAGUAGCAGAGCUACCAGGACCUCAAGCAGAAGCUGAAGCUCAUCAAAGCGCUACGUUAGCGGCUAUUGGAGUUCAAGCAGAUCAGGGUCAAGAUCAAGCAGACGAACAGAUCAAUGAAGUUCCCACUGCGCCAUUUACGACUACUGGUGGGGAAAAUCGCUUCCAUGAUGGCAGCGACGAAGAGAAUGACAGCGGAGUUCACACCACACCUGAGAAUGGAGUAGGAGAACCUUCCCAAGCCGACGGCAUCCCCUUGCACGCAGCUUCAAUUCAAGACAGCGAAGCGAAUGUCUCUGUCGAGAAGAAUGUCUCAGGAAACAUCUCACUGGCGACCACCGUCAGUCCAUUCUCAUCAAAAAUCAUCGAAGUCCUAACCACGCUCGAGCUUGUCUCAGAGAUCAUCCAGUACGCCGCCACCACAGGUGACAGACUCCAGUCGUUGUGCCGCUGUGCCCUGGUCAGCCGCACUUGGGCGCGCGCUUCCCUCGGUCCCCUCUACAGAAGCAUUCACCUCGCUAAGGGAGGUCUUCAAUUCAAGAAGUUCAUGAGGACCAUCUAUACGACGACAAAAUAUCGGCAUCACGUUCGCACCUUACUCGUCAAGAAUCCUUUUGAGCUUGGGUCACUCGCAGCCAUCAUAGAACUGCUUCCAAAUCUGCAGGUCCUGGAGCUCUUAAGCCCGCCGCGCGCGCCUAUCGACGAAGAGAAUGUCUUCGAGCUUCCCAGCCACAAGAAUCUGCGUAUGAUCAAGCUCGAAUGCACUCCUAUUGGCUGUGCUUGCUGCCAAGGCGACAACGAGUAUUACCCUAACGGAUUCACGCUCACAGAGUCCAACAGCAAAGGUCCUCCUAUCUGGCCCAAAGCUCGUGUGUUGCACAUGCAGGCUGUCAAUCAGCCUCUCGACGAGGUUGCAGAUUGGCUGACUGUCAAUCGAGCUCCUUCUAUGGAGAUGCUGUGCUUCAAUACCAGUCUUGACUGGCAAAACGACCCAGAGACAGAUGGUGAAGGAGUGCAGAACUUGGUACAAUUUGUCAGCAACAUGGCCGAUCUGAGCGACGCGCCCUUGCCUGGUGGUCGCCUUGAACUCCUCGAAUCAAGCUUGGCAAGCAGCACUUUGGCGUGCAAGAGCCUCAUGGGCCACAUCAAGAAGAUUGACCGCAAGAGAAUGGCCGUUGUUGUUAAUUGGCGCGAAGGAGGAAAGCGCUAUACAUACCUCUGCCCGCCCACGGAGGACCACUGGACGCUGUGCUCCCCUUUCAACCUGCUCUGGAACUGGGGACCAAUCAGCAAGCGUCUUCGCCAAGCAAACUGGUCCUACUGGAAAAUCAUGCUGCUGGGCUACCACGGCAGUACGUGCGUCCUGUCGGACGAGUUUUGGCACGAUUCGUUCGACUGCUGCAAGGCGUGCUCAUGCGAGGGAGGAGAAGGCAAACAGAUGGACACGGAGGAUGUCGUAUCGCAGGCCGAACUCAAGUCAGCCUUUGACCAGGGAAAGAAGAUGGGCGCGCAGGCCAUCCGUUUCAAGUUCAAGUCGAUGGAGCAGUGGCAGGGAUGGCGUGAUUGAACGCCACCAUCCUCUUGAAGCACCCUCCCC